UACCCUGUAGAUUCCGAUGGCUAAAGAUCAGAGCCGUCCUUUAAUCACAUGGGCACCAUUCACACAAAAGAAUGGACGAUUAAGAGGUAUCGAUUCUGGGUUGUCAUUCAACCUCCCAGUGCAGCCAACCGGAUGAGAAGACCAAACUACAGUUGGAUCAGGGAAUCCAAAAGGUGACAGUGAACGGUUCAGAUCUCUCACUGAACGCACGUGCAAGCGCGAGUACACUAGAAAUUGCAGUCGCGCGAGUGCCACUCUCAUUCCUAGUCUCCUCUCUUUCCUUUCGUCCUUCCGUUGCUCCUUUUCCUCCCUAUCCGAUCGAGAAAAGAAGAAAAGAGUAAAAAUUAAAGAAGGAAAUAGAAAAGAAAAGGAAAGAGGAAGAAACCCUACUUCCUCUUCUCCGGCCGGUCCAUGGCUUCCGGCUCUUCCGGUCGAGCCACGCCUGGUGCGAAAGGUUCCGAUUUCGAUUCAGACGGCGAUCUCAGCCAGCGUCCCGAAUACGGAAAGGAUUUUUGGGAGCUGAAAAUGGGAAGAUCAUUGCCAACUGUCUACGAUCGGCAGGAGGAAUCUGUAAAUGGUGUCCUAUCUUACACCAUUGAAAACACCAUGAAGAAAUAUGCUGACAAUUUACUCCAGUUCCUCGAGGGAAUUAGUGGACGCCUGUCGCAGUUGGAAUUACAUUGCUACAGUCUUGAACAGUCGCUAGGAGAACUCCGAUCCGAUUUAGCUCGUGAUCGUAGCGAAACAGAUAUGAAGCUUAGGUCUCUCGAGAAUCAUCUGCAAGAAGUCCACAGGUUCAUACAAAUCCUAAGAGAUAAGCAAGACCUUGCCGAAACCCAGAAGGAACUUGCCAAGCUUCAACUCAUGCAGAAAGAAUCUACUGCUAUGAGCCGUUCACAGCACAGUGACGAUGGAAUCGUACCAUCUGCCUUCGAGCCAAAAACACAUGACAAUGCACCGGAUGCAAUGAACCAGCAGCUGGCUCUUGCAUUGCCCUGCCAAACUACCGUACCAACCUCUCUCCCAGCUAGAGCUGCUGAACAACAGUAUCAACCUCGCAAGGAACUACCCAUUCAGCAGCCGAUACCUCCCUCUCUACCUGCGCAGCAGACAAUUCAUGCUCAGAGCCAGCCACACAUCUACCACCCUUCACAGAACCAAUUGCCAGUUCAGACACUGCAGUCCCAACAGCAGCACCAUCACGAUCAACACCUCCAAGCUGGGCUCCAACAUGUUUAUCAGAGGCCCCCAAUGCAGGACCUGCCCCGGCAGGCACCACAGCAGCAGCCUCAGCCCCAUGUAAAUCAGAACCCAAUUCACCCUUUUCCUCCGUAUCAGCAGCAGUGGCCACAGCAGUCUCCUCAGCAAUUCCCACGACAAACUCAACCACAACAGCCAUCUCCACAAGCUUCUCGAUCCCAAACACCACCAAUAUACCCACCCUACCCAGCUCAACCUGCCAACCCAUUGCCUGAAACAUUUCCGGGCAGCAUGCAGGUGCAAGUUCCACUCUCUGGAGUUUCUCAAUCUGAUGUAAACCGUCCAAAAGCUGCCUCUUACAGUUAUGGAGAGCCUGGUAGAACAGUUCCACAGCAGCCACCCCAACACCAUAACAUACAGCAUCAGCAACUGCAGCCUCAGAUAAACCAGAGCACUUACAGAGCACAACUCAGCGACAGUGGCUACCCAAGUGCUGGGGCCACUUCCCAACAGCCUACAUUGCAUGGAUAUAUGCCAUAUGGCACUGACGGCAGCAGGUCGCCCCAUCCUCAGCACCUCCAGCAAAGCAGCUAUCCUCCUGCCCAUGUCUCUGCUGUCCAGAAUUUGCAACCACCUCCCAGCAGUCUUGGCACCCGCCAGCCGACCCCGCAGAUAAUGCUCAACCAUCCAUAUAGGGAGCUUAUUGAGAAAGCUGCGAGCAUGGGGUACUCGAGGGAUCAGGCUGCGAAUGUGAUCCACAGGAUGGUGGAGAGCAGGCAGCCUGUUGAUUUCAAUUCUCUGCUCGACAGGUUGAACGGACAGGUUGAACGGACGGUUCUAAAUCCUCUACCAUGGUAGAUUGUGUGAUUUUUCUGUACUUAUCUCGUGUUUUAAAUAACCAUUUCCCAGGAUAGAUUAUCUUAGUAUCACGGUAAAUCUUUUUUAUUGAAAGGUAAUGGUAUAUCUUAUAUAUAAAUAAAUAUAUCAGAAAUUUGUAAAAUUUUGAGCCCCACUAAAUGGAAUCUUACUCUAUUUAUGCUCUACAA